UUUGUCGCUUUACGUCCCAAAAGUCUUUUGGCAUAUACAGUAUUUUAGAAAUACAGCAGUGCGCGUGGUCCAGAAAGGAGAUACGAACGAUCUGUCAACCUACUAAGAUGCCAGCACAAGUCAUACUUGGGAAAGAGGUUUCGGCGCAGGUGAGGGAGAACUUGAAGAAGGAUGUAGAGCAGAUGAAGCUUCAGGACCCCAACUUCCAACCUGGUCUAGUGAUUUUACAGGUUGGAGAUCGUGAUGAUUCCAAUCUCUAUAUUGGCAUGAAGCUAAAGGCUGCAUCUGAGAUUGGAAUAAAAGCCACACACUUGAAACUUCCCAACACAGCAACUGAGGAAGAGAUUCUCCACAGCAUCACAGAGGUGAAUGAGAAUUCUUCUGUCCAUGGUCUCAUUGUCCAGUUGCCCUUAGACUCGGUCCACAAGAUCGACACAGAGAAGGUGACAAAUGCUGUGGCACCUGAGAAGGAUGUAGAUGGGCUUACAAGCAUAAAUGCUGGGAAGCUGUCUCGUGGAGAUCUGAGCGACUGUUUCAUCCCAUGCACUCCAAAUGGCUGUAUGGAACUGAUCAGACAGACUGGUGUGUCAGUGACAGGUAAACGUGCAGUGGUGAUAGGUCGUAGCAAGAUUGUAGGCGCACCAAUGCAUGACCUUCUACUGUGGAACCACGCCACCGUCACCACAUGUCAUUCCAGAACUCUGGAAUUGGCUGAGGAGGUUGGCAAGGCAGACAUCCUUGUUGUUGGCAUUGGAAAAGCACAGAUGGUGAAAGGGGAAUGGAUCAAGAAAGGAGCAGUAGUUAUUGAUUGUGGCAUCAACUUCAUUCCAGAUGAGAGCAAACCCAGUGGCAAGCGGGUUGUGGGCGAUGUGGACUACAGCUCGGCCCAGGAGCAAGCAAGCUUCAUCACGCCGGUUCCUGGAGGUGUGGGACCCAUGACAGUGGCCAUGCUGAUGGCGAAUACAGUGCUGAGUGCAAAGCGUUUCUUGGAGAACCAUCAACCAGGGAGGUGGACUAUUUCUUAUACUAAACUCAAACUCCAGAAUCCUGUGCCAAGCGACAUCGUGAUUUCCCGCUCCUGCGUCCCAAAGCCCAUCGACCGUCUAGCAAAAGAAGUGGGUCUGCUCUCAGAUGAGGUGGACUUGUAUGGUAAAACCAAGGCCAAGGUCCACCUGAGCAUCAUUAAGCGGCUGGAGGCGCAACCAGACGGCAAAUAUGUGGUGGUUACUGGUAUUACUCCGACUCCACUGGGAGAAGGAAAGAGCACCACCACCAUCGGCCUGGUCCAAGCACUGGGAGCCCACAUGAAGUUAAAUGUUUUCGCUAACGUCCGUCAGCCUUCACAGGGACCCACAUUUGGCAUUAAAGGUGGUGCUGCAGGAGGGGGAUAUUCUCAAGUCAUUCCAAUGGAAGAGUUCAACCUCCACCUCACAGGUGACAUCCAUGCCAUCACUGCAGCCAAUAACUUGGUGGCUGCUGCCAUCGAUGCCCGCAUGUUCCAUGAGGCCACGCAAAGUGACAAGGCUCUGUACAAUCGCUUGGUUCCCCUCAGUGGAGGACAGAGGACGUUCUCCCCGCUCCAGAUCAACCGACUAAAAAGACUAGGCAUUGACAAAACGGAUCCCACCACUCUGACUGAGGAUGAGAUCUCUCGCUUUGCGCGUUUAGACAUUGACCCAAGUGCAGUAACCUGGCAGAGAGUGCUGGACACCAAUGAUCGAUUCCUUCGAAAGAUCACAAUUGGACAAUCGCCGACUGAAAAGGGCUAUACAAGAGAGGCCCAGUUUGACAUCACAGUAGCCAGUGAAAUCAUGGCGGUGCUCGCCCUCACCAGCAGCCUGCAGGACAUGCGUGAGCGGCUAGCCAAAAUGGUGGUGGCCACUAGCCGUGGAGGACAGCCCAUCACCACUGAAGACCUGGGUGUGUGUGGUGCUCUAACUGUGCUCAUGAAAGAUGCCAUCAAGCCAAAUCUCAUGCAGACUUUGGAGGGAAACCCUGUAUUUGUCCACGCCGGCCCUUUUGCCAACAUUGCCCACGGCAACUCCUCCAUCUUGGCUGAUAAAAUUGCUUUGAAACUGGUUGGACCAGAGGGCUUUGUUGUAACAGAGGCUGGCUUUGGAGCUGACAUUGGCAUGGAGAAGUUCUUCAACAUCAAGUGCCGAUACUCAGGCUUGAGACCCCACGUGGUGGUUUUGGUGGCCACUGUCCGCGCCCUGAAGAUGCACGGCGGGGGGCCAACGGUUACUGCUGGAAUGCCGCUACCAAAGGAAUAUAUUGAGGAGAACCUUGAGCUGCUGGAGAAAGGCUGCAGCAACAUGAGAAAACAGAUUGAGAAUGCCAAACACUUUGGUGUGCCAGUGGUGGUGGCUGUCAAUGCUUUCAAGACUGAUACUGAUGCUGAGCUGGACCUGGUCUGCAGCAUGGCCAGAGAUGCCGGUGCCUUUGACGCUGUGCGUUGCAACCAUUGGGCUGAAGGUGGAGCAGGUGCUCUUGCUCUGGGACAGGCUGUCCAGAGGGCCUCAAAGGCCCCGAGCAGCUUCAAGUUCCUUUAUGACUUGGAGCUUCCUAUUGCCGAUAAAAUCCGAAUAAUCGCCCAGAAGAUCUAUGGAGCUGAUGAUAUUGAGCUUCUCCCAGAGGCCCAACACAAAGUGGAGCUCUACACCAAACAGGGUUUUGGCAACCUGCCAAUCUGCAUGGCAAAGACUCACCUGUCGCUCUCCCACGAGGCAGACAAGAAAGGUGUGCCCACAGGCUUCAUUGUGCCCAUCAGAGACAUCCGAGCAAGCGUUGGUGCAGGCUUCCUCUUCCCACUCGUUGGCACUAUGCCCACAAUCCCUGGCCUGCCCACCAGGCCUUGUUUCUAUGACAUUGACUUAGAUCCUGAGACUGAACAGGUCAAUGGGCUCUUCUGAGCUGGAUGCUGGCUGGUACACUGCUGUCUCCUGCAGAUUCAUUAUCAAGUUCUACCCUAGAAGCACCUUUGACUCCUGUCUGUAAAAAAAAAAUGACUGAAAUUUCUUCAGAUAAACAUGCAUUUUUCUGUUCCAAAAAAUAUAAUUCAAAAUUAAGGGUUAGUUCCCAGAAAUCCAGAUCCAUCAAGUUAAUAGGCUGAUAAUACUUUUUUUUUUUAAAGCAUCGAUACUCAUAUGAGAAUUUGCUGUUUUUGAAGGGCUAGUUUGAGUGUGUAUAAGUGUGUGUUAUUCUCAAGAAAUCACAGCAGAUUUGCCUGGCGACUGAACGUCUUGGUCCUUUGAAAUUAGUAAUCAGCAAUUUUGUCUUAAAAUAAUGUCAACUCCACUUUGCCCCACUAUAUUCCGUAUUUCAAAAGAAAACAAAAUAAUGCCCUCUUUAAAUUGAUUGUUCAGUAUUUCUAACACUGUAUGAAGGUGUCUAAAACUGAUGUAAUAUCAGACAAGUCUGCUCUAAUAAAAUAUUUUUAUCAAA